AUGUCGGCAGCUACUGGAGGAUUCGGGCGGAUGGUCAGCCUGGAGCUGCUUAGUGCAGAGCGGUACACAGGAAUAGAGGACCGAGUGGGGGAUGUAGAGCGCGUGAGGAAGGAAUUACAGGUCGUUAUCGAUGCUCUACCGACGCAAAUACAUCCAGACGAGAGGACAUUAUAUCUGAAUGCGAUCCUAUAUGAUCUCGAAGAUCGGGAAGACGCCGCCUGGCCCCAGUGGCCCGAGGAUGUCUACGUCCUCGCGCUUACUUGUAUCCGGUACCUCGGCCGGAACCCUGUCGGAUCGACAACCCUCCUCACCCCCGCUCACCUCUCCACGAUCAUCCACCAUACUUCCCUUCCCUUCCCUCCUCCUGCUUCCCCGUUCUCACAUCCUUCGCCUUCUCCUGCCAGUCCGCCCGCUAUCGAGUCGCUACGAAUCAUGGCGAAUCUGCUGGUUCUACACCCAUCUGGGCGGAACGCGUUCGCCAAGGCCGGAGGGGUCAAGGCGAUGUCGUUAGCGCUAGCGGGCAAGGAUAGCCAAGGGGUGUUGCUGGAGGGAGAUACGAAUGUGCUGGAUGGCCCAGAUAGGGUGUUUCUGCUGGCGAGACUGGCUUUCCUGGGGACGGUGGAUAGGCCGGACGCGGUGGGGCCUAUGGUAGAUACAGGCGGGAUUGUCGAGUCUUUGUCAUAUCACCUAACACGUCUUGCACCGACCGACGCGAACCAGAUGGCCAUCGGGGAGCUUCUCAAGGUGGUCAUGAACGUCCUGCAGUACUACAAAGCAAAGCCAUCAGGAUCAGGCAGCGAGGAAUGGAGCGAAAAGCUGGACCCUCUCCUCGCGCCUAUUCUCAACCUCUUCCACUCGAUUCCGACUCCCACCCUCGCCCCUCCCCUCUCGACGACCCUCCACGCGCUAUUCAGCAUCCCGUUCCUUCCCCGCCUUCUACCCACAUGGCAUGCUAUUCCCGAACCCCCUUCUCCCGCGAGCUCAACCAGCUCGGUACGAAGCCUCAUCAACAAAAUCUCGAAUCUCUCGUCUUCGGGCUCCAACAAGCGCAACUCACUCAUGGCCUCUCGGUCCAACUCCAGCCUCAACGCCGAAGACACCGGACUCGGACUGAGCGGCAGUGGGCUCGGCCCUCCAACCUCGCAGUCCCAUGGACGCGUCCGGACCUUAUCCGGGCGGUCCACGUCAGGGCCUCCUAGCCCCGCUGAUAAUACACGGCAAGCCAAAGCGCCAGCGACGAUUAUGGACACAUCGGCGUUCCCCCUCAAAGUGCUCAAGGCGCUGGAAGGGUGGUUUGACGCGUACAUCCCGUACCCGGAGGUUCCAGACGAGAUUGAUGAGAAGAUCAUGGUGGAUGAGGUCUUGCCGCCAGUUUUGCUGCUUCUGGCGGCAGCGGCAGCGGGUAGCCCCGAGUUCAGGAAGGUCUUCAAGGAGCAGCUACUUCCCCAGGAAUUGGAUCGCUCUGUCGCUGCUGGUCCACUGGAGAAGCGGCGCGGAAUGCUAGGGUAUAUUCUUCGACUCAUGCACUCUUCGACACACUUUGCGACGCGCAACUCGGCUGGAGAGUUUCUGUGGUCCGUAUGCGAGAGUGACGCUACAACCCUUACCGCCGAGAUUGGCUACGGCAACGCCGCUGGCUUCCUAUUCCAGAAAGGCAUCACCGCGCCUCCCUCCGGCAAGAUCCAAGACAUCCCCGAUUCUUCCUCCUCGUCGUCCAACCCAAGUCCUACUCCCUCCACGCCCCUCUCCGAACCGUCCCAGCGACACCCCAUCUCGGGCCUCUCGGAGCCCCUCCCCUCGUCCGCUGACGUCCCGAUGACGCCGGACGAAAAGCUGCGCGAGGCCGAACGCCUCUUUGUGCUCUUUGAGCGCAUGGAGAAGAAUCCCGUUAUCCGCCUCACGCCGGAAGAUCCUGCUCAUCCGGGGCCGGGGAGAGGGAAGGGCGUCAAGGAGAUGAUGGCGCAGAAACUUGCGAGUGGGGAGAUGGAGGCGCAGGAUGCUGCGGAUGAGGCGGAGGAGAUGGUGGAGCAGGAGAGGAGGGAUAAGCGGGACGAGGCGGAGGUGGAGAGGGAUAUGGAGAGGUAUAGGAUCAGAAUGCGGAAGUUGGAGAGAAGAGAAAAGGGGCCGGGGGUCAUGAAGAAGGCGGCUCCAGCAGCGGCGGAGACCAAGGGGGACGCGGAGGUACAGGAACGGGUGGAGGGUGGACCAGAGACGAUAGCGGCAGCAGAAGCGGGGGAGCCGAAACAGCCAUAG